AUGGCUUGUCCACACGUAACGGGGGCUGCUGCAUUCAUCAAGUCAGUGCAUCGUCGAUGGACUUCUUCCAUGAUCAAAUCAGCCCUUAUGACAACAGCAACUGUGUUCAACAACAUGAAAAAACCUCUGACAAACAGUUCUAACACCUUUGCGAAUCCACAUGAGGUGGGGGUCGGAGAAAUAAACCCACUGAAAGCUCUUAGUCCCGGACUAGUCUUUGAAACCACAACAGAAAACUAUCUCGAGUUCCUUUGCUAUUAUGGCUACCCAGAGAAAAAUAUAAGAUCUAUGUCAAACACAAAGUUCGUCUGCCCCAAAAUCUCCAUUGAUGAACUCAUCUCUAAUGUUAACUACCCAUCAAUCUCCAUUAGUAAACUCCACCGGCAUCAACCUGCAAAGACAAUUCAAAGAACGGCGACCAAUGUUGCUGCCCUGAAUUCUACGUACAUUGCGAAAGUGCAUGCUCCGGUAGGCUUAAUAGUGAAGGUUCUUCCAGAGAAGUUAGUUUUUGCUGAGGGUGUGAGGAGGGUGUCUUUUCAAGUCUCAUUUUAUGGCAAGAAGGCUCCUAGAGGCUACAAUUUUGGGUCAAUAACAUGGUUUGAUGGUCGACAUUCAGUUCGUACUGUGUUUAGUGUGAAUGUUGAAUAA